AUGAUGGACAAAAGAUCCGGAGAGAGUCCUAUGGACUUUGAAUGGCAAACCAGAGCUCCUGGCGAUGUCACUUCUCCAUUCUACCAGCUCAGCAUGCAACAUGACAACCAGAGGAAGCGCCCCCAUAGCACCUUCGACUCCCCCGAAAAGAAAUCCAUGCCUGCCCUCCGUGAACCAAACUCCCAACCUUUCCUCUUCUCUCAACCGCCCGGAACCCCCAAAUCCGUCUUCAACCAACCCGCCUUCAUGACACCCCGCAAAUUCGAUCUCGACUUCUCCUCCGGCGCAGAAAACAUGUCCUCGCCAGAAAACGCAGAUAACGAAGAUACCCCCGAGCCGACGCCCGCGAAGAACGGCGCACACCGAAAUUCGCUGUUCAGUAUGUACGGACGGUUUGCGCCUGCGCCUAGUCCCGGCCGCGGUGAGAUUCCGCGGGUGAGCCACUAUUCGAAUGCGCUGGCAAGACGGGUUCAGAAGCGUCGCAGGAGGGAUAAGGCGUUGGAUAUGCGGUUACGACGGGAUAGUGACGAUGAGGAUGAUGAUCGGCCUAGCAGCAGUGAGAGCAAUCAGCAAAAUCAGGUGCAACAUGCGGGACAAUCAAAUCAGCAAGAGUCGUCCGUGUCACGAAUGUCGUCUUUUUCCGACUUUUUCGCUCUUCUCGAAGCGCAUCCCUACGUUCCGAGCAUUUUGUCGUGGUGGGCGCAAUUGGUCGUGAAUCUGUCGUUAUUUUCGCUGGCUGUUUACGUGGUUUUCGGGUUCGUGUCAGCCAUCCGGGCUGAAUUCGAGCAGGCUGCAGAGGAAGUGUCAGAUGGGAUAUUGGCGGAGAUGGCUACAUGCGCAAAAAGUUAUGUGGACAACAGGUGCGCUGGAAACGAUCGACUACCGGCAUUGGAAACGGUGUGCGAGAACUGGGAGCGUUGUAUGAACCGCGAUCCGGCCAAGGUUGGACGGGCAAAAGUGUCGGCACAUACGAUGGCGGUUAUCAUUAACAGCUUCAUUGAUCCUAUCAGCUGGAAGGCAAUCCUCUUCUUUCUCGCUACGAUAUCAACCGUCACCGUCGUCAGCAACUGGUCCUUCCGCUCCUUCAGAAACCGUCUGAACCAGCACGAAUACCCACAUCCUCAUCCCCCUUCAUUCUCGCGCCAGGGCUCCGCCCAAUAUGCUCCCAUUUCCUCAUCACAAGGGCAAUAUCAAAACGGCUCUGGAUAUGGAUAUCUCGACCAUCAGGAGCAGAAGCUCGCACCUGCCCCGAACUUGGACGAAAAGCAGAAUGGCUCAAUGCUACUGGAGCACCCCAGGAUGAACUAUGUGACGGGUCGAAAUCGCGAUCGGGAGAGUCAACUGCGGUCUCCUAGUCCUGUCAAACGGCGCAAUCUGCUCUGA